AUGGAACAACAAGAGGGAGACACGUGGACAAUGCCGCCGUUCUGGGCGGCGGAGCACCGGGACCGCCGCCGUCUCCGCCGCUCUUACUCUCUGCUACUCACCUCCACCUCCCUCCUCUUACUCUUCCUCGUACUGGUCCUCGUCUUCUCGCUCAUCCUAGUCCCCACGUUGCACUCCUUCGCCUCCAACAUCCUAAGACCUCGUACGGUUAAGAACAGUUGGGACUCCCUAAACCUCGUACUCGUUCUCUUCGCCAUCGUUUGCGGCUUCCUCGGAAGAAACAACGCCAACGAAACUGUAACACCACGUUCCCAUUACCACAAUCACAGAACCUUCUCCAAUCCUUCCACGCCGCCACCGCACUGCUAUCACUACAACCACUCUCACACUCCUUAUCGUUCCUUUAACAGGCUCAGGAGCUUCAACUCCUACCCCGAUCUCCGCCAACAGAUUGCCGGAGAAGAACGCUUCCGCUUCUACGAUGACACCUUCCUCCUCCGCCACCACCCUCAAGACGGAGAAAUAAAAGAAAUGGUAAUUGAGCACGUUGCCACCGCUCCGCCGCAAUCGCCGCCGUCGCAAGCUGUUCGAAGAAAUGUCAUGCCAGCGUCUCAAGUGGAAACCAUUCAGAAGCACGAAGAAACCGAUAUAGACGGGAAGAUUUCACCACCGCGGUCGUCGGCGGCGACACGACCGAAAAGUGUUCGUCGAAAUUUCAAUCGAGCGUAUCAAGUGGAAGCAAUCGAGAAACAUGAAACAAAUGAUUUACCUGCGAUGGAUUCACCGCAGCCGUCGCCGCCGUCGACGAGAACAAAAGGUGUUCGACGACGAAGUGCAUACCGAACAAAUCACGCGGAAACCAUCGAGAAACGGAAAACAAACGAUCUAGAUUUGGAAAAUUCACAAUCACCGCCGUCGCCGCCGUCUGCGACGCAAACGAAAGAUGUACGACGAAGUGUCAAUCCGGAAAGAAAUGAUAUGGUUGUGAAGAGUUCACCGCUGUCGCCACCUUCGCUGCCGGCGGAGGUGAAGACGGUGACGGCAACAGCAAGCGUAUCAAACAAGAAGGAGAAUUCCUCCUAUAAUGUGAUGACAACCGGUAAUGAGUCACCAUUGAUUCCUAUUCCUCCACCACCACCGCCGCCGCCGUUCAAGUUGCCGGCGUGGAAGUUCCGGGUGAAGGGUGACUAUGUUAGGGUAGACAGCAUUGGUAGUUCACGAAGUGGGUCACCUGAUCUGGAUGAAGCUAGUGUGGACACACCAACAACUAGUACUCAUGAUGAAACAAGCCAAUGUAAUAGUCCUUUUGCCAGAGAUGGUGAAGAUUCUGCAAGUGUGAGUGCACCCUCGUUGUUCUGUCCUAGCCCUGAUGUUGAUACCAAGGCUCACAACUUCAUUGAGAGCUUCAGGGCUGGUUUGAGGAUGGCCAAGAUGAACUCCAUGAAGGAGAGGCAGGGGAUUGGGAGGUCCAAUCUUGGCCCUUCACCUAACCAUGAAUGGUGA